AUGGGUAAAAUUGAAAAACUCAGAAAGUAUAGAAAAUCAUGGGAAAAUGAAUUAUGGGCUAAAGGUUGGUUAGCACCAGCUGAUUCAACUGCGAACACAGUUGCAGAAGCUUAUUGUAAAGUAUGCCGUUCGUUUUUGAGAGCACAUGUAACCGAUUUGAAAAGGCAUGCAAAAACAAAAAUCCACAGUGAUAACAUGGUCCAGUUGAAUCCAAUGAAAAAAGAUCAGUCUGUAUUAAGUAACAUUGUUAAAAUAUCUAACGAACAAAAAAUUAUAGAUUUGAAAUUAGCUGUCUAUGUAAGUACACACACUUCAAUUAUGAGUGUCGAUCAUUUGGGUGAAAUAUUGAAAGUGCUUGGCAAAGGUACUGCAUUAGCCAAUUUAAAACUUCAUCGAACUAAAUGUUCUUCAUUGAUUCAAAAUGUAAUCGCACCAACCUUACUUGAGGAACUUGUGCAAGAUAUUGGCACAAAUUAUUACUCAUUGAUUAUCGAUGAAUCCACUGAUGUUUCCGUAUUCAAAUACUUGUGCCUAUGUAUUAAAUAUUUUAGCUCUAAAACUGAAUCUAAAAUUAUUAAAUAUUUAGGCAUUAUAGAAGUUGUGAAUUGUUCAGCUGAUUCACUGUAUGACUGUAUAUGUAAUUACAUGCAGGUGAUAGGUUUAAAUUUAUCAAAGUUGAUUGGCAUAGGUACUGAUGGUGCAAACAACUUAUGCGGAAAAUAUCAUUCACUUUUUACCAAUUUAAAACAAAAAAGUCCAAACUUGCAAAUCGUAAGAUGUAUUUGUCAUUCUUUGAACAAUGCAGUUUCAAAAGCAUCAGAAAGCUUUCCUAGUACUAUUGAUUACCUUUGCAGAGAAGUGUAUAACUGGUUCCAUAUAAGUCCAAAAAGAAGGGAUGAGUAUAAACAAAUGUUUGAUCUUCUUAACUCUGGCUUGAAUAAAAAGUUCCAUAAUUUUCACCAGAUAUCUGGCACACGGUGGCUAGCACGCAGUUUUGUCGUUAACACCAUUCUAGAACACUGGCUAGAGCUUAAAACUCAUUUUUCUCUUAUGGUGAAAAAGGAAAAAUGUUACGCUUCACGAAUUAUACAUGAAAUGCUACAUGAUGACACUAAUUACCUUUAUCUUAUCAUCAUAAAACCCAUUUUACAAGAAUUAAAUUCCUUAAAUUUAACUUUUCAAAAGAAUUUUGUGGAUUUUGGAAGGUCCUAUUAUGAUAUUUGUUGUUUAUUUAUAUUUUUGGCAAAGAAAAUUAUAAAAGAAUCUGUAGUGUCAAAAGGAUUUGAAUAUAUAUAUAACAAUAUUAAUAAUGAUUCUGUAUACCGACAUUCGAGCAAUUGUGAUUAUGGAGUGGGGUAUAACCAGUCAAUAAUUAAUAUAAAUUUAUCUCAAGAAAAGAAGUCUAAUGUACAGACACAAGCUUUUAAUUUUAUUAAACAAUUACUGUAUGAAAUAAAAAAGAGAUUGCCCGACAACAUUGAAUUUUUCAAGAAAAUGAAAUUAUUUUCGCCCACUUUGUGUUUAUGCCAAUUGCAUGUAAAUUUUAUUGAUUUACCUUUUGUUAAUUUAUUUUUAAAACCUUCAGAGAUUGUAUUGAUAGAAACACAAUGGGAAAAAUUAACAACAGUAACUUGGAAAAUGUACUUAAAUGAAAAACAGUUAAACGAUGCCAACUUAUUUUGGCCAAAAGUUUACAAUUACAAAGAUGCGGGUGGUAAUUUUGCAUUUAGGGAAUUGUCAGAAUUCGUUCUAAAAGGUCUCUCAUUGCCUUCAAGCAAUGCUGUGGUGGAGCGAGUAUUCUCUAUAAUGAAUACAGUAAAAACAAAAUCCAGAAAUCGUAUAAAUGCAAAUAUGUUGGAUGCUUUAUUAAGAAUAAAAACUACAUUUAUUUCUACGAAAACAUGUUGUACAGAAUUUGUACCACCUAAAUCAAUGUAUGACAAGUUUAAUUCAGAAAUGUAUAACAAAAAAAAUUAUGUGAACACUAUAAUUAAUAAUGUUGAAUCAUUAGACAAUGAUUUUAACGAUGAAUUAAUUAAUAUAGUAAACGAAAUAAGUUUACCUGAUUUUUAUUAA